AGCCCCUUAGCCACAUGCAGCAGCUUUACCAACCAACUGUACAGAUACAUCCAACACUGUUUUUUUAUUCUAAUAUUCAUGGACUUUGGGAUGCAUUUAACCAUUCCGCCAGCAUCCCUGUAGGAGUCCACCUGGCCUUUUUCCGUGGACUGACACUUAAUAUUGGACUUCUAACAGCAUGGACAUGUUUGGCCCAGGGCAACUGGUAUCUACUCUCCUGCCUGCAGUUUUCCAUUCACCUGCAGCUCACUUUUUCCCUGCAUUCCCAACGAGACUGGGUUCUCAACCUCAGAUUCUGAUCCCAGGGCCAUUUAUCAGCUAUGAAUCCUUGAGGAAUUAUCUGCAGCCAGAGCCUUGCAAGGAAGCUUUUCUCCUGGCAACACAGGCAGUUGGGAUGGAGCCACUCACAGAGGGCAUAGAUGAACAGAGGCCAGUGAAGCAGCGUCGUGCACGGGCCAACUACAGCAGCUGGCAGCUGGAGGAGCUGGAGAAGGCCUUCGAGACCACCCACUACCCAGACAUCUUCAUGAGGGAAGCCCUGGCCCUCAGACUGGACCUCAUCGAGGCCAGAGUACAGGUUUGGUUUCAAAACCGCCGUGCCAAGAUGAGGCGGCAGCUGAAGCUCCAGGGCCAGCUAGCAGGGCCUUGUGUAAAAAGAGACAAUGAUGAGACGCCUGAGAAAGCAAGCGGGAGUUUAAAACAGCAGACAGAAGGUUCUGACAGCGAUCACUGGGAGAGACGGCAGGAAGGAGAAAACUAUCCUUGGACUAGAGCGGCGGGUGCUGUGCUGAGCGUUCACAUGCAGCCUUUGAGCCAGAGGUCGGGGAAGUGGGAGAGGCCGGAGGGGCCAAGCUCAGAGGAGCUCCGCUCCAGCAGCAUCGCCAAGCUGAGGGCUAAAGCCAGAGAGCACGAGGCCGAGAUCCAAAGCACUGUAAACAUGUCAGGAGGCAACACACAGUCACAAACACAGGAAGAUGAUGCCAUGCACAAUGAUGGAUAGUUUUCCUACUUCCUGUUUGUACAGAUAAUAAUAAUAAAAAGCUAUUAAUACCAUAACCAUUAAUAUGCAGGAACAUAACCCUAUCUAGGAUGAGGAACUUCA